UCGAGUGUUGCUUCGGCAAAAGUGGGGCGCUGGAGGCUUUUCGGUGGUGAAAUGUUGUUCUCCACACGACAGAAGGUUGGCAACGUGUGGUUCACCGCGUGCAUCCUCCACAACAUGCUCCACAGCUUCAACCGCCUCGACGAGAUGGAGGAGGACGGCGUUUGGGUGGGGUCGGCAGGGAGGUUGGGGGAGGCGACGGCAGUGGCGGCGGCCAUGGACGUGGACGAGGAAAGCGAGACUCCGACUCCCGGCUUCGAAGAGUUUCGCAGGGAGCUCAUCGCGCACUUCACGUGCGCGUGGGAGAAAAAGGAGAUUUUGUGGUUUAAGAGGGCGGAGGUUUAGAAUAUACGUGGUACAUGUAGUCGGUAAGGUAUGUGGGGGGGGUUGUCCUGUUUUUUUUGGCGUGUAUGGGCGAACCAUAUAGUGUAUCUCUGUGUUGUGUGUUUCUCUUUGUCGUGCGUCUGAUAGGGUGAGGGCGUGAUUGCGCCUGUCACUUAUAUUAGCGGCAUGUGGCGAUCUUCUUUUGGUGUUCUGAAGACGUUCUUUGUCUGAGCUCCAGCGGUAUCAGGGUAAGGGUAAGCG